AUGGCUCGACCAUCGACACGAUGGGCCGCCCUCUUCACCAGCGUCCUUCUAGCCACUGGCGCCAUGGCCGCCGACAUACUCACCACGUCUGGAUUUAGCGACUGCGGCUCCGAUGCUACCAUAAAGGUUGACAAGGUUGAUAUCACGUACAACAACGCCGACAAGACAGUCGUAUUCGACGUCUCGGGAACCAGCACGAGAGAGCAAAACGUCACCGCCCAUCUCAGCGUCAGCGCCUACGGAAACCAGAUAUACGAGCGAUCCUUCAACCCUUGCGAUGAUGCCACCUUUGUUCAGCAGCUCUGCCCUCUUCCCGUCGGCAACUUUGCCGCCCGUGGCUCCCAAAAAAUUCCUGAACAGUUUGCUAGCAUGGUCCCGGCCAUCGCUUUUCAGGUCCCUGAUAUUGCCGCCAAUGCCAAGCUCGAGCUCGAGGCUGCCGAUACCAAGAAAAAGGUUGCCUGUAUCCAGUCCACCGUCACCAAUGGCAAGACUGUCAACGUAGCCGCUGUUUCCUACGUCGCUGUUGGCAUCGCUGGUGUUGCUCUCCUCGGCAGUGGCGUCUCUGCUGUUGGCGCGGCCCUGGGAGGCGGUACAUCUGGUGGCGCCGGAACCGUGAGUCCCAGCUUUAGCGAAGUCGUCGGCUGGUUCCAGGGCAUGGCCAUGAACGGCAUGCUUUCCGUCCAAUAUCCUCCUAUCUACGAAAGCUUCACCAAGAACUUUGCUUUUUCCGUCGGCUUGGUCCCCUGGUCCGGUAUGCUAACCUCGAUUGACAAGUUCCGUGAGAGUACGGGAGGCAAUUUAACCAACGACAAUGCCGCAUACAUUGCCAACGCUACCGCCGGUCAGGGCGGCGCCCUUCACUUAAAACGUGCCGUUGGCGCUGCCGCUGCCAUUGUCCUCCGUGACAUUGAAACGUCCGUCAACGCUACAGACGACGCUCAUGGCGGCACCAACUUCCAGAAAACGGUCCAGGGCAUCGAGGGUUAUGCCCGCAGGCUUUCUGUUCCCAAGUCUGACAUAUUCAUAACUGCUCUCCUCGUCGUCGCCAUUAUCAUUGCCGCCAUUGUGGUCGUCAUUCUGCUGGUCAAGGUCAUUCUCGAGGCUUGGGCCAUUUGGGGCACCUUUCCUCAGUCGCUCAAGGGUUUCCGCGAGCACUACUGGGGUUCCAUUGCUCGCACUAUCACCAACUUGAUUCUUCUUCUGUAUGGAAUCUGGGUUCUCUACUGCAUCUUUCAGUUCUCUCGUGCCGACUCUUCAUGGGCAGCCAAGACACUCGCAGGUGUCACUCUCGCCCUCUUUACCGGCGUUCUCGCCUUCUUUACCUGGAAAAUUUACAGCACCGUCCAGAAGCUCAAGAAUGCCGAGGGUGACGUCAGUGGUCUUUAUGAAGACAAGGCGCUCUGGACAAAGUACUCGCUCUUCUACGAUGCUUACCGCAAGAAUUACUGGUGGCUGUUUAUUCCCGUCAUUUUCUACAUGUUUGCCAAGGGGGCUUGUAUUGCUCUUGGUGACGGUCAUGGCAUGCAGCAGAGCAUUGCCCAGCUCGUCAUUGAGGCUUGCAUGCUCAUUUUACUUCUCUGGAGCCGUCCUUUCGAGCGCCGCUCCGGGAACGUUCUCAAUAUCAUCAUCCAGACGAUUCGUGUGCUUUCCGUCGGCUGUAUUCUCAUCUUUGUCGAAGAAUUCGGCAUCGCUCAAACUACCAAGACCGUCACAGGUGUCGUCUUGAUUGCUGUCCAAUCCACUCUCACCGGCGUCCUUGCUAUCCUCAUCGCCUGGAAUGCCAUCAACGCGUGCAUCACUGCCAACCCCCACCGUGCGCGCAGAAAGGAGAUGGAAAAACGCAAUCGCGAGCUUGAUACCUUGACGCCGCUGGAUGCCCACAACUCGCUCUUGAUCCGCCCAGGCAGUGAAAAGUCGUUCUACUCCGCAUCACCCAUGGAAAUAGACAAACGAGAAGGCCAUGGCGCCCAAGGGCAAAUUUCUAACCCGUACUCUCAAUACAACCGCCAACCCGAUGAUAUCGAGCGUCAUGGCGUCAUCUCGGAGCCCUACCGCGAUGAACCGAGAAGAGACUUGACGCCCAGCGAACCAGGCACAUAUGGCCACUCCCGGCAGGCCACGGUUCCUGACCUGGAGAGUCGCAGCUAUCGCGGCUUACCUCGGACCAACCCGGGCUACUACCGCUUGUGA